AAAGAGGUAUGUAUGUACCUAAUCAUCCCCAAACUCAUGAGAACUUCUCUUCUCCGACAAAUUCUUGUAAGCUGUGCUACAUACAACUAGGUACACCGCCUCAAUUUACGUGUACAAAUUCCAAUAGGAGCGUGAUUUGCAUGAACAAGGGAGUUCCCAACAAUUCUUUUCAUCUCUUCUUUUGAUCCGGGUCAAAACAUUUUCGACCCGUGGACCCGCUGUCAUCUCCGUAGGGAGACAGAGACCAAAAGACCGAGACAAAGAUGGCAUUGCCCGUGAACCGUUUAAAUGAAGAAAAGCGGUGAGGCACGAAACUCAGGCUCUUCAUUUUUGGAAAUGGCGAGUAACUUUUUUGGAUGAAUGAACUUUUGAAGGGUUGAGUUUCAGCGCCGAAUUUCGAAUUCACAUACUUAAUUGGCCAUGGAGUGAGACGAACAAGCGCGUGUCACAAUAAUGUGCGACAGAAAUACAUGCCGAGGUGGAGCGCCAAUAUCUGAAAAGGAACCUGGGAAAGCUGGAGUUUCAUGUAGCAUAAACUGGCACGAGGUCAUUGGUGAGUCAAGAGACUGCAAAAGGUGCACAUGUAAAAGAGACGCAUAGCGAUGGAUUGAUAUUGUCGAAGGCUGAUUGUCAUUCAAUGCCAGAACGCAUUUAUAUAUCACAUAUGCUUUCGCAAUUGUGAUUGUAAUUGUGUCGUACCACAUCAACAUUUGAUCUUCACCUAGGUAGCUUUUUCUUAUUCCAUUAUCACCGAUGCGGUAUACUUCACACGGGCUUCCAACCGAAUUUGUUAUCAUCAAUAAGAAUCUCUUUACAGCCUCAAAUUACCCCAUCGAGACAUAUCUCACACAUAGCGAUUCGUGGGCGACAUCGGAUCAAAUAAACUCCAAAAGUUACCGCAGGCCAAACGUGCUUUGCAGAUAACGGAGGCGUUUUUGUGCAGUAGCGGUCUAUCGAUUACAAUUUACAGCGAAUUGAACCCUCAAAUUUAUUUGGCUAGAUAGAGAGAGGCGGGAGACAUUUUUGUGCUCACCUGCAAGUGGCCACUGACAAGAAACAAUUGGACGAAAGGCUCGGACAGAGUCCCUAUCUCGAAUCUUUGGAUAGUGCGGAAUUUAUUGAACUCCAGGCACAAGGUUUCCACAUAAUCUUCUUCUUUUCUUGGGUCCAAUAUUUCUUGGAGCAAAAGAUAUAAUAGAAUAGAAUAGAUUCUCUCAAGUGUCAAUCUAUUUUCUAGUGCGAUCAACUGCUUUAUUUCAUCCUCGACAUAGACGAAGCUUGAACUGCAGUCAAAGCUACGCUAAGAUAGGACGAGAAGGAGAGUGGGGAUUGCAGCCAACCGAUGCGGAGCAGAAGCUUUAACCAGGAUUAAAAAGGGACAAGGGCUUUAUUGGUUGCUAGCGACAUCUAAUCUCAGUUACACCGAACAUUAUAAGUUGUUCUGGAUCAAUCUUCCACCGCUCCACCAGACGAUUUUAAUACCGGCUCAACAAACUUAACGGUGGAAGGAGACCUCGCGAUUCGUGGGCGUCACGUACCAUUGAUUGCCUCCAACUUGUCGAGUAGCCGUCUUGGCACAUACAGUUAGAGUGAAGCCAUUGGGGGAGAUUUGGAAUCGACUUAUUGGAGAACCAUUGGGGUAUUUCCCGUGGUUCUUCCAUGUAUGUCCAUACGGAGUACAGUAGUACAUCUUCUUGAGGUACCCACUGUACAAAACUGAGAGAUUAUUUUUGAGAUCCACUGGAACUCCGCUGCCAGGGGAUCUACAAAAGAUUUAGACAAUCGAGAAAGAAUAUUCGACACCAGGAGGUUGCAAAAUUGCAACCUUACGAGAGGGAUUGAAGACUAUCAGACCGCCAUAUGCUCCGAGCAAGCCCAUAAUCCAAGGACGUCAGGACUGGCACUUGCAUCAAAUCAUCAUCAUAAUUACGAUCCAACCUCGCUUGAAUCUUAAAUAUGCCUUCCAGAACCCACCGGAAUCUUACCCCCUUGACAACCAAUUGUUCCACUACCAAUUGGAACAAUAGGAGUCAAUCUAGUAUAAACUCUGAUGCUGCAGUUUUCUAUUCAGCGCGAGCGCACCCGACCCCAAUAGAGCUCGAACAACAAAUUCCACGAUUGUUCUCAUCGCAACCUCAUUCAUCCACCAUGUCUUCUCCGCAAGAAUUCCGCCGUACCAAGAUGAGCCGUCAAGACUCUGGUUUUGCAGAGAAUGUUGCCUCUAUACCUAGCCACGUGAAGACAUCAUCACGGCCCGGCUCAAAAUCAUCCUCUUAUCAUACACGGCCGUCAUUGAAUGCUUCCCGGAAAUCACAUUCACGUCCAAAAGACACCUCUGGCACCUCUUCCUCGGCCUCCAGCGCCACCAGCCGUUCAACUCCCAAACGUUCCUCAAAAUCUCAACGCGCAUCCCUCUCUCACUCUCGCCCCAGUCUCUCAUCUCGGCACCACCACAGCCAAACAUUAUCAUCGCAACCUCAAUAUCAGUUCUUCCACUUCCCAUCACUAUCCGAUGACCUAUCCCAAGAAACACCCAGCCCGGCGGCCAAUCCACCUCCGCCCCCACCAGCCACAAUCCAUUAUUGGACAUCAGACCAAACCCGAAGAUUAGAAUACGCAGCGAUUGACGCAGCAGGUAAAGGAAUCCGAGGAUUCAUAGCACGAUGCAUACCCGAUUGUUUCUUGCCAGUCGACAAGAGAGGAACCAGAUUUUGCGCAGAGAAUAUGCGAGGACGAGAUGAUGAUGCCGGAAGCGUGAGGAGAUAUCGAUUAGUCAUGGAAGAUGAGGAUGAAAAUGAGAUGAAAGGGGAAAAGAUGGAGGGAAAGGCAGAGCCGACCAAAACACACAGAAGACGAUGGAGUUCUUUUAUCAGACGUUGAUGCCAAUAUAGCGCUUUUUUGGAGUUAGAUGCUCUUGCGCGACGAGAGCAGAGAUACACGACGGCGUUCGAUGUUUCUUUCUUUCAUUUGCUUUCUUUUUUGAUACCCCCUUUCAGAUAUAAGCUUGAAAUUUAUGGUUUUGGCGGUAAUGCAAUUUUGUGGAUGUUGCACAUUGCACAUAUUGGAGUUGGGUUAAAGAUUAAAUUCAUGGGAUUUUGGUUGAUGGGGAAAUACACAAAGAGAAGAUGAGCUGCAUUUAUAUGCGUAGAUGCUGGAAGGAUGUGUUGUUAUUUGUGUCUGGGAGAGUAAAUGGAUUCACAAUUCGAGGAAGAUGGUUGGGAUAAUAGUAAUAACUAUGUCGGGAUGGGAAGAUAAAAUAUUGGUACUUACUCCCUGAGAGGAGAGAAUAGUAAUAUAUCGAACAUUCAAACAUGCAGAAUAU